AUUUUUCGUUAUGGAAAGUGUUCAUUUGUUGAGCACCGCAACUACAGAAUUGUGUAUAGACGCUAUGCAUCUUUGUUUUUCUUGGUUGGAGUUGAUGUUGACGAGAACGAACUUGCUAUUUUGGAAUUUAUACAUCUUUUAGUCGAAACAAUGGAUCGACACUUUGGCAAUGUGAAUGAGCUAGAUAUCAUGUUUCAUUUAGAAAAGGUACAUUUUAUGUUGGAGGAAAUUGUCAUGAAUGGUUGCAUUGUGGAGACAAGCAAAGCAAAUAUUCUGUCUCCAAUUCAGCUGCUGGAUAAAACUUCUUAAGAGAAAUAAAACAAGCAUUCCUGGUAAUUUCUAUACCAUUGUUGGCUCUCUCUGCAAUUACUUUAUGUGUAAGAUAAAGUGAAAAACCACCGCAGUUAAUCUCCAAUUUUCUUUAUCUAUAAAACACCAAAGAUCUUAAUUCAUUUCAUUUUUCUCCCUCCCCCUUGAUUGUAUUGAAUUGACUAUUGAUGUAUAUGGGUUUAAAGGGUUAAAAAAACGUUUCAUGGUACUUGGUCGACCAUGAGCUGUAACAUGUGGUUAUCUAAUAUCAUAAUGCUUAAAUUUCGUGGAAUGGAUCUUAAAAGGACUUUCCAGUAUUUGAAUAAGAGAUGCUCCAAUCCCUUGUUAGUUGUUAGUUGUUACUGGGAUUGAACUCCUUAGUUUUAUUUUAUAUUGAGGAUUUCGUCGAAGCAAUAGAUCCCUUUAUUACCAUCAAUUUCUUCAUGAAACAUCUCAACCUGAUGAGGAAUUCUUUCGUUUAAAUUACUGUGGCAAGUAGACAACAAGUGUUCAUAUAUGAAUUGUUUGUCAAGUAUCUUUCACCGAAUAUUGUUUUGUAAAAGCUGGAGAAAGGAGGACAUAAAUGAAUUGACCUAUUCGUCAAUUAUUCCAAUUCAACUGUA